AUGGAGUUUUUAGUUUUAGAAUUUGAUGCAAAAGUUUUAGAAAAUGGUCCCCCCAGAAUCUCUGCAAAGUUAUGCACGCACUUCCACGAAUUUGGCCACGGGAGAUCCGAGGGCGUGAGAGGCUACGUCGACUCCGUGGAUGACUACGUGGGCGACCUCCUCCAACACUGCGAUGACGUCAGGGCAGGUUAUCCCGACCUGCCGUGUUUCAUCGUCGGGCAUUCCAUGGGCGGCAUGAUCGCCAUCAAGAGUGCCAUGGCCCGCCCGCGCUUCUUCACGGGCGUGGUGCUCAUGGGGCCGCUCAUCAAGGUCAACGCCUCCGAAGCCACGCCCCCGAGGAUCUUCCUGGCACGCCUGGUUGCGAGGAUCCUGCCCUACCUGGCCGUUGCGAAGCUGAAGUUGGAUCACGUGACCCGCGACGAGGAAAUGAAGAACAGAAUGCGCAAGGACCCGCUCAGAUAUCAAGGCGGGAUUCGAGCGCGCUGGGCCGUGGCAGGAAUCGAAGCGCUCAUGUACUUCGAAAACCACAUUCCCGAGGUUGAGUGGCCGUUCCUGAUUCUUCACGGCGAGGAGGACCACCUGUGCGCUCCCGAGGGCUCCAAGAUGCUUCUGGAACAUUCCAAGAGCACCGAUAAGGAGCUGAAGAUGUUUCCUUCAGCAUUCCACCACUUAUACCUGGAGUUGCCUGAAGUGCGGCACGAGGCUCUCCAAGACACAGUGGAUUGGAUCGCAGCCCGAGUCUCAUCGACGAAGAAGUGAACACCUUGUACAUAUAUGUUUAUAGAUAUAUAUAUUUUUUCUCUUUGGUUGAGUCGUAGGUUUGAGAUACGCAGUGGCAUUUGGAACACGUCUUAGCCAAAAGGGUCCGUUUUUAAUCUUUCUUCGUGUUCCUUUUCGCUCAUUUGUUUUUUUUUCUUAGGAUCUUUUUAUGGAAGGAAUGAAUGUUACGUUGACAUUUUGGUUGAAAUCGUUUACUAGAAAGUAGUUAAAAGGGUACUUCUUGUAGGCCUUAAGAUAAUGAAAGACAAUGCAGUAUAAAUACCUCUAGUUCACCCAUUUCUAGGAAUUUGUAAGUGAUGAAGUAUAGAACAGUUGAAUACUCCCUGUUAUGUCAUUUGGAAGUACACUAGUUAUAUGAAGAACAGUCAUCUGUUUAUAGCUAAAUGGUGUUUAAAAGUAUCACUAAUGUUUGUGCAGCUUGGAAAGGAAUCCCAUUACAUUAGUGUCACAUAGGGAUAAAUUAGACAGAAUUACAAAUGUGUCUCAUCCCUGUAUUUUAUAGAUUUUAGUAUGAGCAUCGUUAUUAGUGUCCCGAAUUGUUAAUAGAACCGCAUGAAGGAAGAAAGAUAUAUAGAGGUCUGCAAUAGGCAAGACUGAAAAAUACAGUGGUUUUGGCAAAAAUGUGUCUACUCUUAGGUUUAAAAGAACUUAAAACUUAAGCUUGUUAGCUCUAGUUGAGAGAUCUUAUAUGUGUGUGAGUGUGUGUGUGUGUGUGUGUGUGUGUGUGUGUGUGUGUGUGUGUGUGUGUGUGUGUGUGUGUGUGUGUGUGUGU